AGAAUAAUUGAAAGUGGUUGGGGUCAUAAACUAUGCAUGUUGUAUGAAAUUAUUUCUGGACUUAAUUGGAUACAUAAUCAAAAUCUUAUUCAUCAUGAUUUUCAUGAUGGCAAUAUUUUAAAUCAUAAUGAGAGUCAAAUUUUUAUUAGUGAUUUAGGAUUAUGUCAACCUGUAAAAUCAUUAUUGAAAAAACACAAUAUUUAUGGUGUUGUACCAUUUAUGGCACCUGAAGUAUUAAGAGGCAAACCUUAUACUCCAGCUAGUGAUAUAUAUAGUUUUUCUAUGAUUAUGUGGGAAUUUACAUCUGGAAAACCACCAUUUAAUAAUAAAGCACAUGAUAUUCAACUUAAUUUAAGUAUUUGUAAAGGAGAACGUCCUGAAAUUAUUGAAAAUACUCCACAAUGCUAUGUUGAUUUGAUGAAAAAAUGUUGGGAUGAAGAUCCAUUAAAAAGGCCAUCUUCUAAGGAAGUUUCAAAAAUUAUUAAUGAAUGGAUUUCUCUUCCUUAUGAUAAAAAAAUUGAAGACAUUAAUGAAGAAUUAAAAUGUAAUAUUAUGGAAUUUAUAAAUGCACCAAUUGGGCAUAACAAUCUUACUACCGAAUCUCACUCACAGGCUUACUAUAAAAAUAUUAAAACAAAUGAAAAUUAAAUUUGUGUUUUAAAAAAGAUAUAGCUUUUUUUUUGUAAUAUUUGAUAUCAUGAAUUUAACAAAAAAUUGUUCUUUAUUUUAUUUUUUUUAGAUUUAUUUAAACA